AUGGUCUACAGCUGGACCUCUCUGAACCCUCUGAACGCGUUAUCUCAUUGGAUCACUAUCAUUUCCUAGGGUCUAAGAUUUACUUCCGGGUCUUACAGUAAAUAUGGCGGAUAAAGAAAAGAAAAAGAAGGAGAGCAUCUUCGACUUGUCCAAGUAUAUCGACAAGACGAUUCGGGUGAAGUUUCAAGGUGGACGAGAGGCAAGCGGCGUUUUGAAAGGAUUUGAUCCUCUGUUGAACCUGGUGCUGGACGGCACGAUCGAAUACAUGCGUGAUCCAGACGACCAGCUGAAGCUGACAGAAGACACCCGACAGCUGGGGCUGGUGGUCUGCAGAGGAACCUCUGUGGUGCUGAUCUGUCCUCAGGAUGGCAUGGAGGCCAUUCCUAACCCAUUCAUCCAGCAGCAAGAUGGAUAACCCCCAUGCUGCUGCGUGGCACACUUUUGAUUAGACUUUUCUUUUUUAACAUUACAGGACACUUGUCAUUCAGACGACAAACAUGUUUUAAGUUCAUCACUGGUAAAAUAAGGCUCCGUUGCACUUCAGUUUUAUUUCCCUGCUAAUUUUGCUCAUUUUUGUGUUGUGAGGAGCUCCCAGUUCUGAAAGUGUUAAAACAAAUUUCUUGUUAUCUGAGUGAACUUUUUACUAUUCUUUGUUUUUGAUAAGAAAAUAAAGUGGAAAAAAAGCUGAA